AUGGCGCAGGAGCGAUUGCGUGCACCGCCUCUCUGCACAUACAUCAAGCCAAUCAGCCUUCCACGGCGCACACUUGAGAAGCGCUGCGUUGUGAGGAGCCAAUCGCAGUCAGAAGAGGCUUCGUCUGGCAGCUCUGUAGCAACAGAUGAACAAAGUGCCAAAGCACCGGCCACCUCCCCAGUACAAGGCCUUCCGCUUCCCAAGGACCCCAAAGACGAUUUGGAGGGCGAGAGCACGCCUGAUGGGAAAAAGAGAAAGGGCUCCGACCUCAAGACCCUGUGGAGGCGAUUCACCAAAGUGGCCGCCCCCUACUGGAGCAGCGAGGACAAGUUCCAGGCGCGUCUGCGUCUUGGCGGCGUCUUCGUGCUCACCCUCGCGACAACCGGCAUCAGCGUGCUGUUCAACUUCCUGGGACGCGACUUCUACAACGCGCUCGCAAGCAAGGACCAGUCCCAGUUCGUGCACCAGCUCUUUGCCUACCUGGGCGCGUUUGUCGUGGGCAUCCCAUUCUACGUCCUGCGCGACUACUCACGGGACCUGCUGGCCAUUCGCUGGCGUACAUGGAUGACCGAGCAGUACAUGCAGCGAUACUUUUCUGACAGAACCUUCUACAACAUCCAGUCCCAGUCGCUGAUCGACAACCCCGACCAGCGAAUCGUCGACGACCUGGACCGCUUCACUACCUCCUCGCUCUCGUUCUCGCUCGCGCUAGUAAACGCAGCCAUCGACCUCGUCUCCUUCAGCGGCAUCCUGUAUACCAUCUACCCGCCGCUCUUUGUGGUCCUGGUCGUCUACUCUUUGGGCGGCACGGCCAUUAGCGUCGCACUUGGAAAGAACUUGGUGUCGCUCAACUUUAUGCAAGAGAAGCGCGAGGCCGACUUCCGGUACGGCCUGGUGCGCGUGCGGGAAAACGCGGAGUCGAUCGCGUUCUACGGUGGCGAGAAGAGCGAGAUUGAUCUGCUCGUGCAGCGGUUCCGGCAGACGUUUGAGAAUUACAUGCAAUUGCUGGUCACCAGCCGUAACCUCGACUUCUUCACCUCCUUCUACCGCUUCCUUAUCCAACUCCUGCCCGCCGCCGUGGUCGCGCCGCUCUACUUCGCGGGCAAGAUCGAGUUCGGGGUCAUCAACCAGUCAUUCUCGGCGUUCAACCACAUUCUCGGCGACUUCUCGCUGAUCGUUUACCAGUUCCAGUCGCUCAGCUCCUUCUCGGCGGUAGUCGACCGUCUAGGCGAGUUUGGUGACGUUCUAGACCAGCAGCUCGAGGCGUCCCCCACGGCCAAUAACGGCACCGCCCCGGUAGUUCCCUCCCGCCCCCUCAUCGCACUCCUCGACGCCCCCCUCCAAACCCCCUCCGAAGAUUCCGGAACCCCCCUGCUUGAGAUUGAGGGCCUCACCAUCUACACCCCCGGUUACGCCCUAACCCUGAUCCACGAUCUUAACUUAACCGUUGCCGCCGGGGACCACUUGCUAAUCAUGGGCCCGAGCGGGAGCGGCAAAACUUCGCUGCUGAGGGCGAUAGCGGGGCUCUGGCGAGCGGGGGAGGGGGUGAUUCGACGGCACGUGAUCCAAAGCUCCCCAAUCGUCGGGUCCGGUCAUGAUGACAGAGUGACGUCAUCCAACGGCGCCAGCUCAAUUGCUGAAGCGGAGAAUGGUAGUUCUACAAACGGGGGGGUGAGAGCUCCGGGAACUGAGCGGCCAGCUGUUGAGAUGGAUGCCCCUACAGUCAUCGGCGAGGACGGGAAACCGGUGUCACCGUCCGAACCAGUAACGCCUAGUAUUGGCUUUGCGAGGGCGAAUGACGCCCCGGGCGGAAGUUCGGACGCCCUAGACGCAAGUUCGGACGGUCUGGGUACGGAUCCGGACGCCCUGGGGACAAGUUCGGACGCCUCGAAGUCGGAUUCGGACGGUCUAGACGCGGACGACAGUUGGGGUUCGGUUAUGUUCCUGCCGCAGAGGCCGUACAUGGUGUUGGGCACACUUCGGCAGCAGUUGCUGUACCCGACGUGGAGCCAGGAACUAGACGAGGGGGAAGAGAACGUUGACCCGGAGAAAGAGUUGAAGAACUGGCCCAAGCUGGGUCAGAGCGCUAACCAGGCGUUGGUUGCCAAACCGCUUUCGAGACUGACCAACAAACCCAAACCUACGGACGAGGAGUUGGAACAAGUGCUGGAGCGCGUUCGCUUAGGGGACCUGCGCGGAAGGGCCGGCGGGCUAGACGCGUUGCUCGAGUGGUCCAGCGUACUGUCGUUAGGCGAGCAGCAGCGGCUGGCUUUUGCGCGCGUCCUGCUUUCCAAGCCAAGCCUCGCACUCAUGGACGAGUCAACGAGCGCCUUAGACGAAGACAACGAGCAACACCUGUACAGCGAGUUGAGCAACGCCGGUGUGACAUUUGUCAGCGUUGGGCACAGGCCCAGCCUUCUGAACUACCAUUCAACCGUGUUGCGUAUUGCGGGCGCCGAAUCCGACACCGGCAGCGGCCGGGCCUGGCAAUUGAAGGAUGCGGACGCAGUGAAAGCCGUUGUGAAGAGUCCGGACCUUGAAGCCUUGUCACAAGCAGAGGAUCAGUUGUUGACGGUUGGGGACGGGCCACAGAACUAGGCUAGUACGUGUUGAUUCAUGAUCUGCUGAUAGCUCUGUAUUGUGCUACAUGAGGGGGGACUGAAGCCGCAUUUCUGGCAUCCUAAGUUUUGGUGACUGGAUAAGCGGUGAUGAUAAAUCAUAGGAGAGGCUUUGAUUGGGAUUGCGCCAGCUGCCUAAAUUGGACCUGACUGCUGGUUGUAAUCUGUAAGAUGUAC